AUGGAAGGUUUAUGGUGCGACAUGCCUUGUAUCUCCUUCGCUAGCUGCACACUCAUGGCUGCUUCGAGAAACAAGACCCAAGAUCGCUACACUGCUCAAAAGAUGAUGAGUUUACAACUCUGGACUGGCCAGAUCCGCAGUGUUAAUCACACCAGCACUUGGAUCGAGCUGGCCAUGAACCGCAGAGUGGAGAGUCUCUCCCUCGAACUUGUCUUUAAGACUUAUAACUACACUUUUGCUGAUUCCUUCUUCAUCAAAUCCUCCCUUAAGGAACUCAGCAUUGCGUCUCGAUUUACAACUAUGAUUGUUCCCAAAUCUAGUGUGUCUUGGACAUCCCUCAAGAAGUUGUCCUUGCGUAGCUGUAAGCACUCUGAUGAAUCCUUGGCUACGAUUCUAUCUGGUUGUCCGGUUCUCGAAAGGCUGACCUUGUGUUUCUGCGAUGACCUAACUGUUGUUGAUCUCAGCAAUUCGCCGAGUCUGAGAACAUUGGAAGUGCAACGCAGCUUUUAUUUACUGACGCCAAUGCAGAUUUUGGCACCGCAUAUCCGUUGUCUCAGGCUGCAUAACUCUCAGUUACUAUCUACUUUAGUUGAUGUCUCAUCUUUAGCUGAAGCUACACUGAACGUCUGCUUUGACCCAUCUGGCACUGGCUUCAAUGGUAAACACGGAGUUGGAAAAGUUACACCACGUAGAGAAGCUAUCUUUUGGGAGACAGUUUCUCUAGUUUUUAUAUCUUCCAAGUUUGGUGUCCCUUAUCCGAUGUUGAAGGUCAAAGAUUUGACUCUUUACACAAACCUCUAUGAGCAUGUUAUUCCUUCUGAUAUGGAACGACUGUUACGAAGCUUACCUGAUUUGAAGAAGCUAAAAGUAAACAGAAGAGCUUGUAUGAACAAACUGGGUUCCGUCGUCGGAGCAAGUCCCAUCUGGAUGCAGAGUCAAAGCGCGUGGCUACAUUUAUGGAACUUGAUUAAGACAUUAGAGAAAGUGUUGGAAACUGCAGGAAACUGCAGUUCUUGUUCAAAGAUAGAAAAACAGAGAAACGAUUUUGUGGAAACUUAA